UUGGGUAGCCUGUGUUGACCAACAUGCCAGGGAACUCAUAGCUCGUAAACAUGGCGGCUGCCUCGGUUGACAGCAGAAGUAGCGAUGCUGGCAAACGCGUGAUAUUACGUGUCAAACGCAAAAGAACAGAUGACCCAGUGGAAGCUCUAGUUGUAUCGCACAUCCUUCCCUCCAAGAAAAACAAAACAGAAGAGAAAGAGGCUAAAGACAAAAGUUCAGCAGUUGAUCAAGUGUUCACCCUUCUUGGGACCACUGCUGAUGGGGAUAGAUCUGCUGCCCAGAAAAUACUGAAAAAUAUCAAGUCAAAACCACUUAGCCAUGCCAAUAUCAAAACUCAGAAGGCUUUGCCAGAGAAGCUUCAAACCAAAUUGCGGAAAGAAAAGAAGAAAUCACACCAAGAUGCCAGGUUCAAGUUAGUCUCAAGCAAUCGUUCCAGUCAAGCUGAUGCUCUCCACAGUACUGAUGAGCCAUGUUCAACUGCCCCAUUAGCUGUUGAUGAAGACUCAAGUGAAUUCCAAAGCGAUGAAGUUCAAAACUUUUUGAAAGUUUAUGAUGUGAUCAGGGAUGAAGACAUUGCAAGCAAGGACAAACUAACUCCAGAAAGCAAACAAGAAGACACAAGUGCUUUAGUCUGCAAUUCAGUGAAAAUGGUUCGGGAAAAGCUUGCAGUCAGCAAUGAUAAAAAUCAAGAGUAUAGUAUUGCAGAUAAAGGAUACGUUUACGACUUUUACUAUGCAGAUGACAUCAUUAACAAGGACUUUGGUGAUGUACUUGAAAUAACGGGUGUGAAUGACGAUUUUAUGCUGGAGAAAAUGGACCAAGAGUUUGAUGAGGUGUUUGAUGAUGAUGACGAUUCUAACGAUGAAAAUAACUGGCGUAAUGACUACCCCGAUGAAGGGGAGUGGUCUUCCGAGGACGAAAACCGCAUGACGAGGCUUCCAGAUCCCGACUUCGGCUUCGAUAUUGACGAUAGAAAAUACUAUCGUCAAGCAUUUGGAGAAGAUAGUUCAAGCGAUGACGAAUUGGAUUUUUACGGGGAACCGUGCAAGCUGGACGAGAGUGAGACGUAUAAUGAAGAACUGAAUGACCUAGAUGAGGGAUUUUAGUCACGUGAACUAGCUGGCCUGGUUCCUAAUGGCACAGGGUACCCAUCCCACGUGUUGCUGCUGGUCAGCCGACAGUUCGUCAGGUGGGUUAGAGAGAUGGACUUUGAAAAUAGCAGAGAGGCAAAGUAAUCUGUUAAGGUAGAUCAGAAAAAGUAGUAUAAUUGCACGGCCUUGCUGAGACCUAGCUACUCGUGGUGAUUUUAUAGUACACGUUUCUGGAUGGCGUUAAACUUCCAGUUGUCGUUCGUCGUACAGAAACGAUGCCGAAUGCCCAUAUUACUAGAAUAAGCUAAUAAGCUAAUGUAAAGGAAUACGUCAAAGACUGACCACACACUCAAGGGAAGAAAUUGCGCUCUCGAUCAUGAAGCGUUUGUGUGGGUGUGAUAAUUAUUUUGGUCAGAUAUCGAACGGCGGGUCACGUUUCGCCCCCAAGGAGAAGGGCAGGUUUUUUUUUGUCUGGAAUGCUCCAGGAGAAGUAUGAUCUUUUAGGCUCCUGGUGUUCUAGCAACGUGGCUGGCCUUUUGAUGACUAUUUUUUUAGAAUACAGAAAGCGCAAUGAAGAAUGUAAAAUAUAUAAUAAUGGUUAAUAUAAUAAAGGAUUUUUUGUGAGUAA